GCUGGUCAUAUUUGGAAAUCUAAAGGUAUAGCAAACAACAUUUUUGCUGGAGGACUGAACGUAAAACGGUCUAGUGGUCGAUCGAGACAAACAUCGGCUGAAAAGGUGAAGACAAGUCUCACUGAAAUCUCUACAAAGACAAGAAUUGAAGACAGAAAUAGGUGGAGAGGAGCAGUUGAGACAGAGGUCCUAUAUGAACU